AUGGAUACGACACAAGUGGAUCUCUUCAAGGCCAUAGAAAAUACCACCUCAUCGCUUUCCGGUCCCCCGUCGCCACAACCGACUCGCGUGUUCUUUGACCCGUUCAACUCAUCUUCCACAGGCCAUCAGCGCGCUGAAAAUAGGCUGACGGGAAGCACAUCAUGGAAAAAGUUGCGGGAUUACAAACUGUCUCAUCAAUUUCGACACCCAAGCGGACGUGGCGGGGAGCGAUAUCUCUCCGAUUUGGUAGGUGCUGGGAGUGAGAAUUAUGGCCAAGGUGGAAGGAAAGAUAACCGAGAUGGGGAGAAAGGCACUCCAGGAUUACGAGAGAAAGGAUGGCAAGAUAUCAGACAAAUCAUGAAUGGGAGUCGGAAAAGAUCGAUAGACAGCCUGAAGGAAUCGGAAGACAAAGCCAAACGACCGAGAAAAAGCCAUGAAUUGCCAAAACGAGGUGAUGGGGGCAAGCCUUUGACGAACUCGGCUUCGGAAGAUAUAGAAGGUCAUAAAGAUGCUGUCGAGUCAUCCUUCCAACCCCCACAAAUCUUCCGGAACUUGAACAUUUACGUCAACGGCUCAACGGCACCCGUGAUAUCGGACCACAAAUUGAAACAACUCUUCACUCAACAUGGUGGAACUUCCUCAGUCGCACUAGGUCGCAGAACCGUCACCCAUGUUAUCCUCGGAGACACCUGCGGAGGAGGACUCGCCUCGAGCAAGAUCCAGAAAGAAGUCGCCCUGGUCGGUGGGAAGGGCAUCAAAUACGUCACUGUACAAUGGGUUCUCGACAGCAUUGACAAGAUGACCCGACAGCCAGAGUCAAAGUAUGUGCCUAAGAGUCUCAACGGGCGCAUAGGAGGGAGUGGACAAGUGAGUGUUCGAGGAAUGUUCCCACCAAAGACGAAAUGA